AUGAUGGCGUCAGUAACACAGGAUGCAACCAGCUCAAGGCCGAGACCACCUGGACCGUCCGGCUGGUUCACUAUACCAGCACCACUAGCCCGACUAUUCAAGAAGUUCCCCCUAUUGACCUACCCUCCCAACGAGCUACCAGCCCGGUCGCCCGGCACCACACAUGUAGCGACUCUCUACGUCUUCAUAUCGGAUAAAGAUGCUCUGGAAGGCUUGCCGAGCUAUAAUCCGUCUUGUCUGAGGUGGCAGACGUACCUCAGGCUGGCCGGUGUGGCCUUCCUUGUGUUGCCUUCGAGCAACCACGCCUCACCUACAGGGGCACUACCAUUCCUCCUCCCUCCCACGAGACCAAACGACCCGAAAUCUCCGCUUCCUAUACCGUCCAGUAAACUCGAGCAAUAUGGCAUCGACCAUGGCCUCGACAAUGGCAUCUCCAAGUUACCCGAGCUAUCCAGUGCAAGACUAGAAGCCUACGAGUCGCUACUCGAUCACCGGAUACGGAACGCGUGGCUCUAUCAUCUAUACCUCUGCCCAUCACACUCGGCUCUGCUCGUGCGUCUCUACGUUGCGCCGGUGUCCAAAUCGCAGGCCGUAAGGACGACAGUAUUGUACCAAUUGAGACGGGCUGCCGAAUCGGAGAUUCUCAAAUCAACCGGCAGACUAGUCAUCGAUCCCGAAGCUAUCUACAACGGCGCAAGGGAGGCUUUCGGGGCUCUAGAAGCAGAGUUGGGCAAUAAACCCUGGUUCUUCGGUAGUUCGCAGCCGGGGCUGUUCGAUGCGACGGUGUUCUCUUACACACACCUACUUUCCGACAAAGGGUCGGGGUGGGAGGAUUUGAGACUCACUCAUAUUUUGGACGAAUUCCCGGGUCUGAACAUGCACACUUUGCGGAUAUCACAAAAAUGCUGGCCACCGAGCUGA